CGCACGACGGUGACGUUCUCGCGGAAGUAAACAUAAAGGAAGCGGAGAGGAUUUAAGGCUGCGUCACAAAGUUUUCGACUUCAUUUUAGUCUGUUAAAGUGUGUGUUUUCUGCCUGAAGUCUUGUUCACUGUCAGUAGUCACUCGAGUGUUCAGAGUCUGGUUCAGAUCGUUUCGCUGCAGAGCCUGUCAAAGUGCGUUUUUCUGCCUGGAGCCUGGUUUAGUUUUGUCCUGUUCAGAGUGUGUAGUGUGUUCGGUUCCCGCAGCAGCAUGUCGGUGACGGUGAAGGCCUACCUAUUGGGAAAAGAUGAGUCGGUCAAAGAGAUCCGGAGGUUCGCGGUGGAUCAGGACGUUUCCUGCAGCUUCGAGUAUCUAAGCACGAAAACCGCAGGAGUCUUUAAUAACUUGAAAAACUCACCCUUCAACUUGUACUACAGAGAUGAAGAUGGAGACCUGGUGGCAUUUUCCUCUGAUGACGAACUGAUGAUGGGUCUGGCUUGUAUGAAGGACAACACUUUCCGCCUCUUCAUCAAAGAGAAGAAGGAGCACCGUCGGGACUUUCCUCUCCACGCCUUCCCCCCCUUCACCUUCAGCCCUCCUCCUCCUCAUGGCCCACCUCCUCACCAUGCUCCCCACCAUGCCCCACCCCCUGCCCUGCACCCCGGUGUCACCUGUGAUGGUUGUGAUGGCCCCGUAGUGGGAACUCGCUUCAAGUGUUCGGUUUGUCCAAACUAUGACCUGUGCUCCACCUGCCAGGCCCGUGGGACACACACGGAGCAUGCUCUGCUGCCCAUCUGGCACCCACUGCAGUGGUGUCCUCGGGGGAAGUGGCUGAAGAAGAUGAGACACUGUAUGUGGAACCGGAACCUGGACCAGGCUCAGGACCAGGCUCAGGACCAGGCUCAGGACCAGGCUCAGGACGGAUCUUCCAGACCUGUUGCUGACUGCAGCACCCCUUCCGCCUCUCAGGCCAAUGUGGACUUCCUGAAGAACAUUGGGGAGGGUGUUGCAGCUAUGUUGAGCCCACUGGGUAUCGAUGUGGACAUUGAUGUGGAGCACAAGGGUCAGAGGACCAAAGUAACCCCUCCUAGUCAGAGUGAGGGGGUGGAGGGUGAUGUGGAGAUGGAUGGCGGGGGCAGCGAGGGGUCAAAGGUGAGCAGAGACUCUGAUGAGGAGUGGACUCACCUAACCUCCAGAGAGGUCGACCCCUCCACUGGAGAACUGCAGUCCCUGCAGCCCAAGGAACAGGGCCAGGACCUGGACUCCCCUACAGGAUCACAGGGAUCCCUGGGUCUUAGAGAGGCAGCUCUGUACCCACACCUGCCUCAAGAGGCGGACCCCCACUUGGUGGAGUCUCUGGCCCACAUGCUGUCUAUGGGCUUCACUGACGAGGGUGGCUGGUUGACUCGACUUCUUCAGGCCAAAAACUUCGACAUUGGAGCCGCACUUGACGCCAUCCAAUACGCCAAGCAGCCUCACCUACACAAACCCUGAUGAUGUCAUCACUGACAUCACCUCUACUAAACAUAACCAGUUUGUCAGUUAAUUACUGUUACCAUUAAUCACUACCUAUAACUUGUUAAUCUGUUAACCCACUGAUCAGUUUGCAUUGUUAAUACUUUAACUCAAUGAUCAAUCUAGUCAGUACUUUAACACACAAAUUCCUGUCUGUAUUGCUUUCUUCUUGAUCAUUGACAUUUCUCUGUUAAUCUGAACAAUAAAAGCAUCAAGAACUUAACUAAA